AUGGCACAAGUUGCAAUUCACGAGGCCAAGAAAGCGUUACGACGUGAACUAAAGAAAAGAAUUGCCGGAAUGUCCGAUGAUGUCAAAUUGAAAGAGUCGGCAUCAAUCGUGAACAAGGUAAGUAUAAGGCCAUUUUACAGUUAUGGAUGGAAGCGAGGCUGAGGGUGACCUUGUUUUGAUACAAACCUUCCUGCUUUAUUAUUUAAAUCAAGUUAUUCUUAUACUAAGUAGUAUUUUUCAAGAACAAUUUCCAUAACAAAGCAGAGAAGGUUUGUAUCAAAACAAGGUCACCCUCAGCCUCACUUCUUUCCAUAACUGUAAAAUGGCCUAUAAUGUGUGGUUCCAGAAAAUAUCCAUACCCCCCCCUCCCCACGGAUGGUUCUUCCGAUUAGACCCCCCCACCCUCUCGGAAUUUGCGUUCCAGAGGGGUCAUGUAUAACCCCCCCAACCCCUAGGAAUUUCCUAUUUUCCUUUUCAUGGUCUUAAUUUGCCAUAUUUAGAGAUAAUCGACCGUGCACUGCUCAAAAUUAAUUGUUCUCAUCUUAAGACACCUUUUUUUUUAUAAUCUUUGACCUAUUUGUAAUCUUUUACAAGACAAUAUGUAUUUCUUACGUAGGUAGAGCGCGCUUCAUACACUAUGAGCGGUCUCUCUUCUUUAAUUAGUCCUUCCAGCGAAACGCGCGAGGCAGAACAGAGAUUAAUAAGUUUAUGUCAUCUCAAGAAAACAUUUAAAAGAUAACUUUAAAUACGAAUUAUUCAUUGAAAUAAAACUAUGUGAACAUUUUCAAAUUUCAAAACGAAUCUACCUACAGACAAAGUUAGACAAAGUUGAUGUCUGGUACUGUAAUUAAGUUUCACUGUACACGUCUUGUCUAAGACAGUUUCAUCUCAAAUGCAACAUUUACAGCAUAACUUCAAAGUUAACUAUUGAUUUAACAUUAAACUAUGUGAAGAAAUUCGAAUUUCAAAACGGAUCUACUAGAAAACUAACUUACAACAAAGUUUAUCGUUUGUUGGGCCUCGGGUCCUAAAGUCACCACGAAGUCGAUCUCUCGAUGUUUGUAAUUACGUUUAACUUUGAUUGAAUAAAUUACACUUGCAGUUAAACAAAUCUCAGGAAUUACAAAAAAACCUAUCUGGGUUAUAAAAGAACAAAAUAUGCAAACAUUCAUUUUGCGUCCCAUAUUUGCAUCGAUUCAUGUUCAGAAAUGAACAUCAGUGAAACAUGAUCUAUUUCGUUGCCUAGCACGUGAUCGAAAGUCGUCUCCACAAAGAAGGAACAGAUCGUUAUUAUUUUCGGGCAAAAGUUGAUUUGGCGAAAGGUCUGUUGGACAAACAGCUUGCCUUCAACGGUACUCUAUUAGAAGUCAAUAAUAAAAUACAGCAAAGGUCUCAUUUGGGUCGUCACGCAGCGCUUUGUCGCGACGAGCUCACUGAAUGUCGACAGAAAUUUGCAUAAAGUUGUUUACACAAAGCUCAAGAAAUAUAUCGCCGAGUUAGACGACGUUUCUCGAUUAGCGUAAGUUUUUGUCAGACUAUCUGCAGUCGAGUCCACAAUCUAGAUACAUGUUCGACAUAAAGAAAUUAUUAUUAAUCGAUGCGCCAGAAUUUAUUCCCGGAGAAGUAACCUGUUGAGAAUUGCGAUCGAUUUGCCCAAAGGACGAUAUUUAUUUAAAGACUUCGUCAAAGUCAAACGUUGGACGGACCGACCGUUAGCUGUUUAGAAUCAACCGUUAGAUCAUAAGAGCAAUCCGUUAGAGCGUUAGAACAAAUCGUUAGAGCGGAGAUGAUAGCGAACUCCCAGCAAAGAAGACGAUCGACGUUUGAGACAAACAUCUUGAAGUUUUUUUUCUCGAAAGGGCAUCUACUUCUAAUUUUUGUUGUGCUACAAAUCAAAAUAAUCCACUUAUACUUAAGUAUGUCUCGUAUGAUCGAUCGCGUCUUUUACAACCCUGUGGAAAAUUAUUCUCGUGGGCACCCCCUGUACCCCUCGGAAAUUUCUACCCUUUAGCCCCCCCACUCCCUAGGAAUUUCCAUGAACCAUCCGUGGGGGGGGUAUGGAUAUUUUCUGGAACCACACAAUUUAUUCAACAAGCUGCUAGCUACAAGGCUGCAUGAAAGGUGGAAACUGGUCGUUUCGAUCGUAGAUGUUUUGUUACAAGUUGUUUCGAUACAAACUCUGGCAGCGAAACUGCACAAAAGUAGGAGAAAGUUGGCCAGUUUCCUUUCGUAUUCAACCCAUCUUUAUAUCCCUCGCCACCAUUUCAUCUAGUCUCCUAUGCACCUAUCAUCCACCAUCCCCUUGAGGGACGCCGGGCAAAUACAGCUUUGUAUGGGGACUUAUAGGGGGAUUUGAAAGAACAUUUUACCCUCGAGGUGGGGGAAGUUUACCACAUCCUUGCCCCAAAAACUGGGAGCUUUGUCGAAAGAAAUUAGAUCGAUUUCAAGUUGUCUGAAAUCAAGGAUAUAUAGACUAAUUGUCCAGAAGAUCUCGGGCUUACCUCUCUCCUCAUGGUGAGGGGACUCACAAUGUGGCAGACCACAUAAUCUCAGGUAUUGCUGGUUUGUACAUUACGUCAUGACGGCCAUGUUGGUGGUCAAGAACAAGUGCAUUUCUCUCCCAUGGGAACUAAACUCCAUCUUCAUAUAAAUUCUUCGAGAAAAAUUCUGUUGUGUGGACCCCCAACAUGCCAUCUUGUCAUGUGGUUGCAAACCAAGAAUUGUUAUGUAAAAUGCUUCUUCUGAUUAGGUAAGCUGAGUCAUCAUGUUUACUGUGGUUUCAUGUUGUUCAAUAUGAUAUCCCUCUGGGAGGGGCAAGUUCUUAACUUUGAUUGCUCUGUGCCCCCAUCAAGGAGGGGGAGAUAAAGCUCUUUCACAGGAUCCUUUACAAAGUCCCCCCCUCCUCGGGGUCCCCCCAGGGGAUGGCCGAUGACAGGUGUGUCACAGUUUAUGUCGCUGUUUCAAGGCCAUGUCACUUGUCAGAAUUUGAACCUAACAGGGCCUCUAUAAUGGCAAGCAUUUUUGGAGCAAUGUAGGUUUCUGGGAAACUGCCCACCUACCCCUCCCCUAAAUUAUCAUUAACACUUACUUCUCACUUAGGGCAAAAUGAUAGCUUAGGGGAUGGGUAGGUGGGCAGUUUCCUAGAAACCUAAAUUGAUGCGUAUUUUUUUUGUUUGUCCCUUAUAUCUAGGGGCAGAUCUAGGGGGAGGGUGCAGGGGGUGCGCACCCCCUGCCCCCUGAGAUGACCUGCAGUGUUCUGAUACAACUGGUAUUCUGCAAAAAAAACUAUGUGGUUUAUUGGUGUUGAAGUAGAGCAAGAGACGAGUGCACCCCCUCCAAAAAAAAAUCCUGGAUCCACCCCUGAUAUCAUACCUGGUUUAACAAAGAAGUUAGAAGUUGUCAAAAGUGAAAAGAUUGAAAAGAUAUGGACCCGUCAAUAGACAGUUUCAUUAGAGUAGCUGUUAACUUUUUCUUUGGUCUAUAUAUCCUUGAAAUCAUAUCUUUUAUUUUUUUUUUCUUUAGUUACUUGGAAUGGAAGAGUACAAGUCAAGCAAGAGAAUUUCUGUUUAUCUUAGCAUGCCCUCUGAAGUGCAGACUGAGGGAAUUCUGAAGGUUAAUAAUAAUAUACAUCUCUACAGAAAUUUUUGGUUGAUAUUUCUACCUCCAGAACAGCACAUAUAUGACCACAGUACUGCCUUGGGUUUUUUCUUGGGUGAUUUUCAAUGUAGUUUUGAAAUUCACAGUAGGAAAUAACUACGGUAAUUAUUUUAAAUAUAGCAUAACUACCGUUAUUAUGGCUAAUGUUGGUCCUCUUUUCCCUGUUAAUUGCAGGAUAUUUUCAAGACAAAAAGGUAAAUGAAAUGAUGAGAAAUUUGUGAAGCAUUAAUGACAUUACAGACAACUUUCUUUAUUAUUUCAUUUGUUUGAUAUAUUUUCAGAGAUUGUUUCAUUCCCCGGUAUAUUGGUCCUAAUAUGGACAUGGUCAAACUUAAUUCCAUGGAGGAUACGAUGUCUCUACCAGUCACUGCCUGGAAUAUUAAACAACCAUCAGGUUAUAAGUAACUUCAAUUCCUUCUUUAAGGGGGGGUAAGGGGGUGUCGAGUUCACGAAAGACGAUUUUGCGCUUCACAAGUCAGGAAACAAAAAUUUAAUAGUGUUAUUGACCUUUGAUCUCGACCACGUGUUCAGGUGAUCUGGGCGCAGCUACAAAUUUCCUAGGGAAGCCAGCUGAAGGUGGCUCUGAGCGCACUGAAGUGUGAAGUUCAGGCCCGUAGAAGGGGGGGGGGCAGGGGGGGGGGGCUCGAGCCCCCCCAGAAAUUUUCAGACUUGAAUUAAAUUCUGCUACAAAAGUGAAAUUUUUCUACUAAAAUGGACAGCUUUCAAUGGAAGCUAAAGUUUCAAAGUAUUGUCGAUCAUAGUAAGAUUACGUACUCUUGUUCUUCUCUGCCAAAAACAACCAACAGCUUUAACAUAUCUGCUUAUUAAGCAUCAAAAUAGUCAGAAGCAAAAUGGAUCGAAAUGCACCAAUGACAAUCCCUGAACUUGACCUCUUGAACUUUAUUGGUUUCCUAAGAGGUCUGCCAGCAUAAAAUAUACUACUGUACUAGAGGAAAACUUAGGUUUUUGUGCGUUUACAGACAAGAACAAAAGGUAUUGUGGACAUUAAUGUAGUGAUCUGACAUGUACCAAGAAGUAUGCUUUAACCGAGAGACCGAAGUGGGGGUGGGGGUGGGGGGGGAGUUAAUGUGGGCCACUCGCUCAGCCCCCAGUCAUUUUAUGCUUGCUACGGGCCUGAAGUUACAUCAAAGGCCACCAGAUGAUAGUUAAGGUUGUUUGGCCAAAAUAAUGAUUUAUUUUCCUCAAUUGAUCCUUAGUGUACAUGUACACAAUCAAGGAUUUUGGCAGUUCACGUUUCACAGAGUGCACUUCAGUCACGAUUCACAGAGUAGUUUUUCACCAAAGAUGGUUGAUCACAGCGUCACGUCUCAAGAGUGACCAACAUCAAUUUUGUCUUAACAAUAUCAGUGCAAAAAAGACAAAAGAUUAUGAGAAUUAAUGGAAUGAUCACCUACGGGAAAAGGUUUUGAUGUCAUUAAAUUCUCUCAACCAAAUCUGCAAGGAAAUCUGUUUGAAAAGUUUGAAAUGCCUUGUUAUGUAUUUGUAAAGAAUUUCAGUACUUUGGCCACUGGUUAAAAUCCAACUAAGCUCUUAAGGCCCAAAUUGAACAUCAGGCAACACUUUAGAGAACAUCUAUGAACUUUUCCAAGUUUAAAGAUUUGUCAUGGCUAAGAACAGUUUAAGUGAAAUACAUAGAGGAUAUUACAUGGCCGUGCAGGGAUAUGAAUUUUAUCUUCUAGUGCUGAAAGUAUCUCUCAUGAGGAAGUGAAGCGAACGAGUGAGAGAUACUUUCAGCAAGAAAAGAUAAAACUCUUAUCCCCAAGCGGCCAUGUAAUGUUCUGUUUAUUUUACAGAUUCUGAUGAAAUUCCUACAAAAAACACAACUUUUUGAAACUCUUGUAAUUCUUGUAAUUGGCUAAUCAUCUUAGUAACCAUGGUGACACCAAUAUCCUCACACAUGAAAGAUAAAAAUAGUAUCUUCACUGCACGCGAUGAAGAUAUGAUUUUUUAGUAAAAGGAAAAAUCCUGGUAUUUCAUCAGUAUCUAUAUAAUAAAGUGGGUUUCUUCUUCAGAACAGGAUGAAAGAGAAGAAGCAAUAUCAACUGGGGGGCUUGAUCUAAUUAUCGUUCCUGGACUUGGAUUCACAAAGGUUAGUUAUUAACUUUUGCCAAGGCUCUAAACAUAGUAAGCACUGUUCUUUUAUCAAAAUGUAUGCCAGCCUCCUUGUGACACAAAGAGGCCUCCUCAGAGGAAAGAAGAGUGGUACAUUCCCAAAAUAUGCUUACUAGGAGCUGGCAGUGCAUCUUCCUUCGUGCUUCCUGGUUUGCGCACAUGGCCACUCUCUCUUCCUCUAGCAUGUUUGGCCUGACAGAAUCUCAUCCCAGAGCCUGCUUUCCAUUCGUUUGUUUAUGAAUUUUAUAUUUUAAUACUAGUUCAGCCAGUUGUGCAAUACUGGGCAUUUUAGACCACCUUUUGCUCAGCAAAAACACCACGACCUGGGGCCCAUUUCUCGAAAGUGCUGGUAUUUUUUCGGGCCUAAAUCAAACGUUCAACGUUUCCUUUUUUGUUACCUGAUAGUAGUACAGUAGGCACCGAAUUAUCCAUUUUUUGGGCAGGAAUCUCAUUAACUUGCACAGGAAAAAAGAAAUAAAAAGAGAAUGAAAAGAGAAAGAAAUAAAUUGUGGAGGAGCAGGAGGGGAUGGGUAAGUAAAACAAUGUCUUUCGUUCUAAAACAAGCUAGUUUGCCGUUGCUCUCAUUAAUAUAAAUAAUUUGGGCGCCAAGAAUCAUUGAACCGGAACUAGGACAAUGACAGCAGAAGGAAAUAGAACUUGCAUAAUCAUGUUAAGACUCAGUGAUUUUAAGUCACAGGCAAGUUUGAGUUUAUUCCUCAGACACUAUGAAUGAAUCAAUGAAAACGUUUCAUAUUUUCUAAUCAACCAAUGGAAAACCAAGACAUUUACAAAACCAGUCAAGGAUGGUGGGUCUUUUGUUUCUAUUGCAUUGGAAAUACAAAAAAGAGAAGAUGAUGAGAUUUCUGCGUGUAUUUUUAUUAUUCAUGAGACAAAGACAAAAGGCUAUGAUGUCAUCGGCAUUAAUGUAUUCCUACGCAAGUUAAUGAGAUUCUUGCGCAAAAAACAGAUAAUUUGGUGCCUACUAUACUACUACUGAUAUAUUUUUUUUUAUAUUAUCUCAUUUUCUGUAAAACUAUUGCUAAGAAAAAAGAGAGGCAGCCCACCCACACCACUCCUUAUACACUGACGCGAAGUUCGUAUUGAUUUCUAUGCCCUUCCCAAUAAAAAACUCAUGAUCUACCCUUCUUAUGUGGUUAAUAAGCUAGGCAAAUGGGUGGUUACUAGAAAUUUAGAUGAGUCACUAAUUGAGGUGAACCUUGCCCAUCAUUUAUAAAGUAAAUUUGCAUCGCGAGUAGCUGCUUAUGGAAGGUGUGGUUUCGUUGGCUUGUGUAAACAGUAAUUAAGAGUUUUGUAUAUAUUGGGCUAUUGCAUUUUUAAAACACCUGCACCCCCCUUCCUGGUUGAGGACCCAUGGAAUUCUUCAUUGGUAAGUUAUAAAACUUGAGGAUUUCUUUAGGGGCAGUGCAUAUGGAUUCUUGGAGUAGAAGCUUUAAUUUUUAACAAAAUCUUCAGGAGUGAAGUCAAAUAAACUUUUCACCAUAUUCUUCAGGGCUAAACCCAUAUUUUUCGGGGCGUAGACCCAUAUUUUAUGGAAGUCUUGCGGGGUGAGUGCAGUUUUAUGAAAUUCUUCAAUGUUGAGAAGAAAAGGUAGGUCCUUAACCGGAAGGAGGUAUGGAUAUUAAAUGCAAUAUAACCCGUUAAUGCUUUUACAAGUGAUAAGAGAAUUCACAUAGAACUUAUUCGCUUUUUUUCCUAUUGAAGGGAGGCCUACGUCUUGGUCGAGGAAAGGUAUGUACUGACCCUAAGUUAGAACAAAUUGAACUCUGUACUUGUGAAAAAGGUUAACUUUGUCAUGUAAUGGAGAGGAUGCAAGAUUCCACGUCUAAAGGAGGGCAAAUACAAAACAAGAUCGACCUAAUGGAGAUCUUGUGAGCCCGCGUGACUGAGCAACCCCAACAAACUCUUGUUUUCACUAAAACUUCUGGACACAAUACCUCCCCUGGGUCGAUGUUACACUGUCACAACCCUAAAGGAGAGAGCUAUGGCGAAAAGCACAUACUAUAUUCAGCCUUGUUACUAGGCCAGUUCGCCAUAUGUAAGGAGGGGGCUUGGAACCAAGUGUGCUAGAGGAAUAGGCCAGCUGUCAUUUCCAGUUAUUUUAUGACUCUCAUUUACUUCGUUUCUCUCCAGUGGAAUUAGAGUUUUUGAAACAAAGGUCAUUUCCGAGAUCCAAAAAUUCUUGCUUUCAAGACAAGGCGAAGGGCAGAACCUUUCUUGUGGAAAUGAAUUUCAUUUUCAUUUUGCAUGAGAACUAAAAAUCAUAUUUAUAUCAAUGGCUUUGCUCUUAGCCUCGUUUUGAAACAGAAGCUGGGGCAACUAGAUGAAGACAGGUUACGCCACAUCCGAAGUUAUCUUAGCUUGCUUAGCAAUCGUUUCCGCGCGAAAUGCUUGCUACGCGAGCUAAACCCGCCAAGGAUACCUGUGAACGAGGCUGAAGGAUUGCGAAUUCAUCGUCUUCGUAUUUUGUUCACUACUAGUGGUCAACAUUCAGUUACAACUAAAAUUUUACAGAUGAGAGUCUAAUGGCGUGUCUUGUUUCAUAACAUUUCAUUGUUGGCAUUUGCAGGGAUAUUACGACACUUAUAUUAUGAAGUGCAUCGAAAAGUGUGAAAAGAAGCCUCUUUUAAUUGGUAUGUAGUAUCGUAAUAUUUUUAGCAGUUUGUGUUCUACUCUCUGCAUCGACGUCAGCCAUGACGUCAAUGAUGAAAUAAUUCCAAAAUUAUCUUUAGCUGACGUCCCAUAAGAAAGCAACGUGGCAACUCAGCCGUUUUGGCCAGGCUGAACCCAAUAAAGAAGUUAAAGCGUUUACAGCUAUGCAAAGAAGAAAAAGCCAAAUUACUGACUAAAGAAGAUCGCAGGAAUACACAAAAAUACAGCUCGGUAGAUUUCAUAAGUCCUUAUUGAGGAAUAUCUGCAGGAAAUAAACAUUUGUUUAUAUCAGGCUGAAAGUGCCGAGAAAGAGGUUUUGAAGGAAGUCUACGUUGAGGUAAGAAUGUUUUGAACCUGGAAAUAUUUUCAGGAAUAAUAAAUUAUUGAAUUCUGCCGUUGUACGAAAUGAAGAAUUCUGCAGAUUUCGGAGGGUGUUAUCAGGCCUCGGUGGAUAACACCUUCCGAGAUCUGCAUAAGUUCUCAUAUUGUGCAAAAUAGACUUGCUUCAAGUCGACUUCUCUUAAGUUCUCGAUCGAGAGCAGUCUUUCUAAUGAAGUCGCGCAGUGACCAAGCGAGCAAGUCGCGAGAUUGCCCAACCAACCAGGAAAAAAAUAAAAGAUUUCCAGAAAGUCUUCAUACGAAAGCAUUGCUUACUAGCUUCCGCAACACAAAGAAAAAACGUUAGAAAAGUAUGUUCGCCUUGCACUUCAUUCAAAUUGAAGAACGUUUGUGGAAUAGGCUGUGUUUUCUGUAUAUUGUCUUUUUUUCAGGGUUUCUGGAUUUAGGGGCCACUGCAUUUGAGUGACCUAUGGCUUUCUUGAAAUAGCCCUAGCUCAAUAAAUACAUUAGUAUAUUGAGCGUCAGGUCCACUACCGGUGCCGUGUGAAUGUAGCAUUAAACAGUAUUUUAGGGAAGAUAGUCUCUUUCAACAGACUAUCAUUAUUAAAAUGAUUGCAUUCAUCUUGGCUAACUUCCAGGCUAACUACUUAGGAUAUUGAUACUACGACCUCUAACCCUUACGAGUGACCUGGAGGGCGAGGGGGGGUUAAUCCUCUUAUUCUUGGUGGGGGUGUGCCGCCCUGUUCUCCAAAUCCUGACCCUAUUUGAGACCAAAAAAUGUCAUUUUCCACACCCGUUUUAAGACCUGGCCUCUAAAAUCCAUACCCGUUUUCAUACCUGGUCUCUAAGAUAUAAUGUCAUUUCUCCUUAACUUAUCACUACCUAAUCAAACGCAAAGGUCAUUUACUAAGAAAGGUUCUAAUUGUUAAACUAAUUCACGUUAUCAGUACAAUAGGAAAUAUUUGGAAAACAGUGCAGAGAAUCUGAAUGUUGAUAUUAAAAGUUUAAGACAUGCGUUAUUGACCAAGCGUGAGGCCAAGAUGGCCGGAUAUUGGCCAAUUAUAUUUUUUGCGUUUUUAUUGACCGAGACGAAGUGAAGGUUAAACUAGAAACGCAAAAAGGAAGGAGGCCAAUAUCCAGACAUGUUGACUGAACAAGCUUGGUCCAUAAAGGAUUUAUGUCCAGGCCAAAAAGAUAAUUUUUUUCUUCGGGACCAAAGAGGUAAUCCCGAGUGGGCGAGAUGGGCUCAUCUUGCGCGCUCGGGUAGCAAAUCAGAAUACAGAUUUCACUUCAUUUUUUCCCGCGGAUUCAGCCAUAUAAUAAUGUAGAAUUCUACAUGAUAGCUCAAGAUCACUCAGUUGUUCUAUUUUUUGCAGGUUUGGCGUUUAGUUCUCAACUCUGCAAUGAGCUUCCCGUCACAGAACGAGACAUGAAGUUAGAUCACGUGAUCUCAUUUGAGCCCGAUUAGGAUAUGUCAGACUGUAAUUAACCUGAAAUAGAC